AUGGAAGGGGCGUGUCCCCGGGGGGUUGGGCGGUGUCUCUGGCCCCGGCCCUGGUCCGGGCUCCGGCCACUGGCCGCUCACUCGGAGCCGCAGCGGGGCAGCAGUGUCCGGAGAGCGGCCCCUCCCGGCGGCGACAUGUCGGUCACCAUCAGCCUGUUCGAUUUGGCCAAUUUGUCCAUCAGCCACCCCGAGCCCGGGAUGGUCAACUUCCUGGCGCUACACUCCCUGCUACAUGCCAUCCUCAAGACCCUGGGCAUCCAGCAUGUCCAGACUGAGGAGCCCGAACUCUUCCAGCUGCUGGACAGUACAGGCAGAGCCCCGCUGACCAGCAGCCCCUCUCCCCUACAGGAGCAGCCACUGAGGCCGGAGCCCCGUGGGGCCAGGAGCCGGGGGCCAUACCAGCAGCUGGAGGAGAAGCUGCGGGACGUGGAGCAACAAGUGCAGGAGCUGAGAAGGCUGCCCACCGGCAUGGAGCUGCUGGAGAGCAGCAAGAAACAUGGCAAGUCGGUGCACGACAUGUGGAACCUGCUGCAGCUUCGCAAGAACACAGAGACCAACAAAGAAGGGGUUGACAAGGCUAUGUCUUUGAUGGAGGAGAUGGUGCAGGAGAUAAAUGAUUUGAAGAACUUCAAAAAUACUGUUGAAGAUCGUAUGACUGAUAUUGACAAAGAUAUAGAUAUGGUGACGACCCACAUAAGUUUAAUAAAUGAGCUACUGAAUAAAACUCCAGAACAAUUGCAGAAGUUUGUCAGUUGGAAGAUGCUUCAGAACACCCUUGUGGAUGUCCCUGAUGAUCCUUCAGCUGAUAUUAGAUUGUUUCUAGCGAGCGAAGACCCUGACAAGUCUCCCCAUGCUCCAGACGUUAAACCUGAAACCUCAUAUAAACCAAUGAUUCCUGAAGAUGCUGGCAGUAAACCUGCCCCCUCAAAAGAUAAACCUUCUGCCUCAGCCAAUGACAUACACUCAAGUGAAAAAUCUUUGAGAAAACUGGAAAUUGAACUGAUGGACUCAGCUUCAUUUUUGGUCACUGAGGAUGAAGCCCAACUUCAUCCAGAUGUUGUAUUAGCUCUUCAACACAUUCGACAUGUCACCGACACCCAGCCUGCUUUGAUCCAGCGUGUAACUGUCCUUGAAAAAGCAUUAGCAGAUUUAGUGUCAGGCAUAGAGAUCGGGAAAGGAACUGAUUUGCAGACUGCUGGUAAGAUUUUAGGCCCAUCUUUCCAUCUGGACAUGGUGAAAAAUAUUGAUGAGGAAUUGAAAGAAAUGCGCAAAUUUCAGCAAACAAGCAGCAAAGACAGAGGCCAGAUGCAGAAACAGUUAGAUAAAUUAGGGCCAGUCCUGGAGAAAAUCAUGAGCUCUUCCUGUGCGCUGUUGGGAAUGAGCCUGGGUCUGGAGACUGAAGUCACCUGCCCUGUCUGCAGUUUAGAUGUCAGUCAAGAUGCCAGCAAUCUGUGUCAGCGUUUCCAGAAACUGCAGAAUACAGUUAACAGCCUCGUAGACUCAACCGAAGGCAAUGUGAAGGACCUGGAACUGCAGAAUCAGUUGCAGAACCGCAUUCUCCAGCUGCAGGGCGAGUGUGAAAGGCUGAAUACAAUGACCAGCCAACUUCUGCAGGAAGACCAACUCCAUCAGAAAAAUAUUGAGGCUUUGAAUGAGUCACUGAAUCGUUUGGAGAGAAAAUGUUCUGAUGGGAAUAUCAGCCGCACACAAUUUGAUGCUGUAACAGACCAGAUCAACAAGAUGAUUCAGGGAAUUCUGAACAAGAUCUGUAUGCAGGAGAAGGACUGGGGCAGUAUUCUCGAACAGCUCACAGCAGAGAUGGAUUGCAAGUCUCUUCCUAUUGGUAGACAGCUCAUCAGCCAUUUCCACUGCCUCUCCUGUGACCGACCAUUGGAUAUCAAAAUGACCUCUGCCCCGAAUGUAAUCUCAUUUCCAAUACCGACCUAUCCUGUUCACGGUUAUCACCGUUCCCACUGGCAGGAUGUUGAUCAUUCACGAUGGAGGAAUCGAGGAGAACGGAUUUCUGAGCUGAUGGAGAACUUUCCACCAAAUGCUCGAAGCUGUGGUGGGAGCCAUACGCUGACUUCAGCUUACCAUCGCCGAGGCCUGAAGGGCUAUGAGCAUCACCUGAGCAUGCUGCUGGAUGAGGAACACUCCAACAAGGUUUGA